UCGCAUCUGUUCAUCGUCAUUCGAUCCGACUUAUUGUCACUUUGUUUACUGUCAUCAUGAAUAAUACUGACCAAGCUACAUCAGCACAAACAUUUGACUUGGCAUUAUUCGUAAUUGAAAGUAUUAUAUUGCUACCAACUAUAUUAGGGAAUAUUCUUCUUAUAUAUUGUGUCAGCAGAUACAAAAAACUGCACACUCGAAGCUACAUUCUAAUUGCAAACUUGGCAGCGUCAGAUCUGCUGUUUGGGUUAUUAUUUCUUCCGUAUGAUAUGUCGGCUUUUGGAAUUCCUGAAAUUCGUGAAAAUAAGCUGACAUGCUUAUUACGUAAUGUGCUAUUGUUAACUUUUGUCGGUGCAUCGGUUUUCAACUUGCUUGUCAUAUCAUUUGAACGAUAUUUGGCCAUUGCAUAUCCAUUACGGCAUCUAAAGUUAUCACGGAAGUGGCUUAUUGUGGCGAUUGUGUCAUCGUGGUCUCUUUCGACCUUUCUUUCUGUGUUGCCACUUUUUGGAUGGAAUUCAUGGAAUUCAUCAAGACAAUGUGUACAUUCUUGGUUCACUAUUCUUACUGGAGGGUAUAAAACAAUAUUGUUUUUUACUUAUACAACAUCUAUCUUCAUAUCGUUCGUUCUGUUUGUUAAAGUUGUGACUAAAGCGCUGACAUUUCUUAACGAAAGCAGCACUACCACAGGGGACAUUAACAUACGGCGUUUAUCAGCUAAAAGAUUACGGAGGUCUAUUGAGAAGACCAAACUGUUAUUAUUAGUACUAGGUUUAUUUGUGUUAUGUUGGGGACCUUUUUGUAUGUUUGAUGUUUUAGACAGUUAUAUAUUCAAAGGAAAUCAUCAAAUUGAUUCGCUAAAGCGUUAUUCUGGUUUACUAGCGUUAUGUAAUUCGGGUAUAAAUUGGAUCGUAUACGGACUGAAAAACGAUAACAUCAGACAUGCGUUUAAAUUGACGUUAUUUAAAUGGAAAAAGAACUCCACUGGACUUGCCAUAAACGAGUCAUCGAUUCGGCAAUUAAGUCAAGUCAGCAGUUUAAGUUUAUAGGCCACGAUUGAGGUCUUGAUUCUAUUAUUGCUUCAACCAUUAUGAUUAUAAUAUAGAUCACGCAUAUUGUUUUGUGGCGAAGAAAUUAGAACUGGAUGAUGACUUAACCUAACAGACAUGAAGCACUAUU